AUGCAGUUCAAGGCCGUCCUCCUCGCCGUCGCCUCCGUGGCUUGCGUCCACGCCGCCGAGACUCACAAGGUCAACGUCGGCGAGUCGGGCCUGAGCUUCUCGCCAGAAGAGGUCAAGGCCGCCAAGGGUGACACGAUCGAGUUCCACUUCUUCUCUUCGUCUCACGAUGCCGUCAUGGGUCUUGCCGACAGGCCUUGUGAGGCCAUGGGCAUGAUGGACGGAUCUUUUGCUUCGGGCGUGCCAGAGGGCGACCAAGUUAAGCAAGUCUUCAGGGUCGAGGUCAACUCGACAGAGCCCGCCUUGGUCUUUUGCUCGGUCGGCAUGCACUGCGCCAACGGCAUGGUCAUGGCCAUCAACCCCAACGGCGAGAAGACGGCAACCAAGUUCAAGGAUGCCGCCAGGGGCAAGGCGAGCAAGGCUCCCGAGGGAGUCUACGGCGGUACCUGGGGCAAUGCCGCGUAA